AUGCCUCGCCGCACGGUAUUGUUUCGAGGAAAUUCAUUCGUUUCGUUUUCCACAAUCACAUCUGAAAACGAAAGUAGUGCUCAUGGGGAUGAUAGUCUUGGACAAGCCGAUGAACCUUUAACUACAGAUGCCCUUGGAAGAUGGACAGCAUGGUUUAACAAAAAGCAAACCAGAAUGUUCCACGAAGCGUUUGUCAACGCUUAUAUAGACAUGCAACAAAAAUAUGCAGAGUUGGAAAGUCUACAACGUAAAAUAUUAAAUUUGCAAAGGAUAAUUGCUGAAAAAAAGGAUUUUACUGUUCAAAGCUCAUCUUCGGUGAGUAAUUUAGAGCAUACACAAGAAAAGAAAGGCUUUUUUCGAAAAAAACCAAAAUGUUCAUCGUCUGCAUCGUCUUCAGUUUCUUCUGGCUUUUUUACUCCUACUUUAGAUGCUCGCAAUCCUGCGCUCUCGAGAGAAGUGGCUUUGAAUUUCUCAUCUAUCCCAUAUAGUGCUUGCUCUGCCGCUUCAUCCCCAGUGUCAAAUGUCUCUUCUACAGCUGAAGAGCAAGACAUUAUUAAUACAUCCCAUCAAAGUUUGGAAUCUCAGGUCAACUUACUACGAGGUAAAGCUGCUCAGUUAGAGGAACAGAUCAAGGCAUCGCAAACCAAUAUGCAUAAACUCCUUAGAACCUACCCGAAUAGUCCUGGGUUGGGAGACACUCCUGGAUGA